UGCAUUGGAUUGCGUUUCUCCAUUGUUUGGGUUAGGGCGUAUGGUGUGGGAUUUUCUGAUAAAGUUCCGUGGCGUGCGAAAGUGGUUUUCAUAUUGGGAUACACUUGAACAAAAUUAUUUUCUCUAUUGUGAGAAGGGCACUCGGGACAAUCUUCAAGGCGUGGAGAGAUCAUUUGGAGUCAUCUGAAACAGAAAGUGCUUCCAUUGUGAUUGUUUUGUUUCACCCUGCUUCAAGAAUAUCUGCUCAAGUGUUAAGCCUUCAGUUGACCUAAUCGUCUUCUUCCUGGGCGACGUUUCUGGAGGAUUGCAUAUUUUUCAUCAUGCCUUGAUUUUCUGAUGUCAGCCUCCCGUCUGCCCGUGCCGCGGUCCGUCGCCGCCCUCUGUGCUGUGUGCGCCUGUGAUGCCCGGCGCGGCUAGAGAUGGCCUCACCGAGCCCCAGUCAGGAGCGUGCCUACGACUACCUGCUGAAGAUACUGCUGGUCGGAGACAGCGACGUUGGAAAGGGGGAGAUUCUGAGCCGGCUGGACGCCGAGCCCACCGACUCGCCCUUCAGCUCGCUCACCGGGCCAGACUGUAAGACCACGAUGAUCCUGUUGGACGGUAAGCGGGUCAAACUGCAGCUGUGGGACACAUCGGGCCAGGGUCGGUUCAGCACCAUCCUGCGCUCGUACUCGCGCGGCACGCAGGGCGUCCUGCUCGUCUACGACAUCACCAACAAGUGGAGCUUCGACAGCAUGGACCGGUGGCUCAAGGAGGUCGAGGAGCACGCGCCGGGCAUCCCCAAGAUCCUGGUGGGUAACCGGUGUCACCUGGCCUACAAGCGGCGCGUCUCGCUCUCGGAGGCAGAGGCGUACGCGGCAGACAACCGGAUGGCGUUCUUCGAGAUGUCGCCGCUGUGUGACUUCAACAUCCUGGAGAGCUUCACCGAGCUGAGCCGACUGGCGCUCUACAGGAACGGCAUGGAGCGGCUCUGGAGGGCCAACAAAGUGCUGUCGCUCCAAGAGCUCUGCUGUCGGGCCAUCGUGGCCCGCACCACCGUGUACAACAUUGACCAGCUGCCUCUACCGGCCGCCCUGCGCGGCUACCUCAAAUCGUACGCCGAGUGCGGCUACAAGACGCUGCGGCCGCAGCGAACCGGCUCCCAGCGGCACAAACACCGCAGGAAGAUCAUCACGCCACAGACAUACCGGCCGCCCCGACCGCCCCUGUCCACCAUGCUGCUGGGAGGACGCAGCUGCGUGCUCAUGUGACGGAUGGAGACAGGGCGGGGGCGGGAGGAUAGGCGGGGGCGGGGUGAGGUGGACAGGCGGGCGGAGGUGGGGACAGGCAGGCGGGGGCGGAGGAAGGCGAGGAGGUGGAUUAUGGCGGACAGGGAAGGAGGAAAAGACAGGAGGACAAAUAUGGGAUCUAGUGGACGGUUCAGGCUUUGGUGGGGAAGGUAAAAAAUAUGUGAGCAGAAGAGAAGGACUUGGUGGGGUGGGAGUCAUGAAGAAAAUGAGAGGAAGGAAAUUGGUAAAAGCUGGGCUGGCAGUUUCAGAUAUCCGAAGUUUGGUAAAUGAUAGAAGCUGAGAAGUUCGCCGCCCGCCCUACAGACUCAGUACAAACAGAGGGAUACGCACACCGCCCCCGCCUUCCGCGUCACAGAGGCAUCUAGCGGCCGCCGCGCGAAGCUGCAGCUGCGGCGGCGGUCAGCAGGUGCCACCCCGGUCGCCCCGACCCGACCCCUAGGGGCGCCCCACACCGCGCUCCGACGUCAUAUAGUCAUCUUGUAUAUACGUCAUUUUACACGUUGUAAUAUUUUCAUAUGAAAGUUGUUGCCCAGAUGGCUGCAACCUGAUCCACGGGGGUGUGGAUUGCUGGCGCUAAUUCGAAGGACAUCGAGAAUUGAUCGAGAAGCUUCUAAAGGACGCGGACCCGUUGAUUUUUGUCGAUAACCGGCCUCGUGCUGCACUGUUAACGCGCACCUCCUGGCACUGAGCUAUCGUCUAUCGUCCAAUCGAGUGUGGUGUGUGAGAAAUGUACUGCACUAAGCGUGACUUACCUGAUUGAUUCUUCCUGCGCACUUUCGAUCGAUUUCUUUGGCCCGUCGUCGCGGUGCGCCGGUCCGUCCCACGCGCUCGUGCGGCGUUUGCUGAGUUCUUUCUGUGGGCUGGGUGUCCCGUAUGUCGCCCAGUGUGAGGAUGGUUGGUGCUUAUUGGCCGGCAGCGAAUCUAAUCGGUUAAUUGGUCAUACUGCGUGAUGGUUUUGUUAUUUACCGAUUGUUUGGGCAACUAGCAUUUAAGACAAUGCGAGUGUAUGUGUGUGUAUGGGUCCGCACAACCCGUAUAGGAGAAUGGAGGAAUCUCAUGGGGGAUGCCCAGAGCCGAGAUAAUACAAAAUA